AAUUGUUGUGAUAAACUUAUUAAAUAGAUAUAAUGGUAGAUUUAGUAGAUCGGAUUGACUGCAUUGAUUCUGAAACGUUAGACUCGUGCGUUCUGCUACAACAAGAUGAAAUUGCAGCACUUGAAGCUAUAUACGACAAUUUAUGGACUUGCGUGGAUUUAAAUAAGUUCGAAAUCAAAAUUUAUCCUUCAUCAGAUAAACUGGAGCAGUUUGUUGUUCUUUUAUCUAUUCAGUUUACUGAAACCUACCCGUUAAACGAACCUCCAUUGUUUCAAAUAUCAGCACCAUGGAUGAAGCCUCUUGAGAAAGAAAUUUUAAAUGACAUACUCAUUGAGUGUUAUCUUUCCAAUUAUCAUGAGCCAGUAGUUUUCAAAUGGAUAACGGAGAUAAAUGAGUUUACUGAAAGUUGUCUACAGCAUCGAAAAAAUGCAAAGACAGAUGACAUUCAGCACAGGAAUCGCGACGUAGUCAAGUGUAGCGAUUAUGGGGCUUUGUCAUUGGACAGACUUCUUCAAAUCGAACAGUCACUUGUAUCUUCAGAACUGAUACUCGAAAGAAAAAGUUAUUUUCAAGGGCACUGCAUCGCAGUCAGCUCGAAAACUGAUGUGGACGAUGUAAUGUUAUACCUUAAAAGCAUACCGAAGAUUGCUAAAGCCACUCACAACAUAAUGACCUAUCGAUUUACAGAUGAAAGAAACAUUUUACACGCAGAUUAUGACGAAGAUGGGGAGACGAACGCGGGAGGCAGAGUGGCACACCUGCUGGAGUUAACCAAAUUGAGCAAUGUGAUGGUUGUAGUUUCCAGGUGGUUCGGGGGAAUACUAUUGGGACCAGAUAGAUUCAAACUGAUCAACCAAGCAGCUCGUAGUGCUCUGGUGAAGGGAAAGUUCCUGUCAUAAGAAUGGGAGCUGCGGAAGGAAUGCGAAUGAAUGGGUUUGGCUCGAAGGAUGUGCAUAUUCCAGACAGUAGUACUUAGUCUAGUAGAGUUUUAAAUAUGGAAAUGACUAUUUAUUUUUCAUACCGGAGUAUUGUUGUACUUGUAUAUAAUUAAGUUGAAUGUUUAAAAUAUGA